UAUAAAUUUGGUAAAGGGCCUCUCUACCACAUGUUUAUUCUAUGGCUAGGCUCAGUAAUUCAGGUAUCUUGCGACACUCAUAUGUUAUAAGUGUAAGAAAAGAGGUGAUCUGCAGUUUUUCACGACACAUUCGACAAUGGCUAGCGCGCGGACAUACGUGCUCUUGUUGGUGUUACUUGUGAAUUACAGGUUGACUUUGAGUCAGCCAACAUUCGGAUCAGCGAUAUUUUGCAGUCUAUUCUGCGACGAUGAUGAUGACGACUCUAGCGAUGACGAUGACUACGACUCCUACGACAUAUUCGGCGUUUGCUCCAUGUGUAGUAGUGGUCCCAAGAAGUCGUCUUCAGAGGCUGCUACGACGGCCAAGCCGGAGUCAUCGCAGCCUGUCAAGAUUAUGAUACCUCCAUCCAACGGCCUAAACCUGACAGUAUUCAGCAGCAUCGGCGGAGUACUCAUGGACCUAGUACCCUGGCUCGCGUCUCCCACCACUCCUGCCGCGGCAGCAGGCCCCACUACUGCUGCGCCGGCCACUACUGCCGCUCCUGCAGGAAACUCGACUGCUGCCACUACCACUAAAAAGAAAUAAAGUUCAAAAUAAAUGACAAAACUCCUGCCGUCAAAGCUCCUGUCAUGUCAGCUAUUAAGUAACUUUUCAAAAUACCUAUUGCCCUGGCUCGCGUCACCCAACUACUCCUGCCGCGGCAGCCGGCCCCACUACUGCCGCGCCGGCCACUACUGCCGCUCCUGCAGGAAACUCGACUGCUGCCACUACCACUAA